CGAGUCCCAACGGAGGAGGAGAAGGAGGUGGAGAAGAGGAGGAGGAGGAUGUUGAGGUUACGCUGUUGCAUAAGGCGGUGCGGAGCGGCAGUCAGGUAAUGGUGCGAACCGUGCUGGGUUGGCUGGCAAGCGGCAACAGCAUCAACAACAACGACAGCAGCAGCGGCGGCGGCUGCGCGGAUGCCUCGGCUGUGUGGUGGGCUGCGUGUGGGCCCACUGGCAUGACGCCGCUGCACCUCUUGGCAGCGGACGCGGCGGAGACAUGCAACGUUGAAGAGGCCGGUCCAGCCGCUGCUGCAGCACUGCCGUACGGCACCUACGCAACCACGGAUGCGGAUGAGGGUGCUGAUGACGCCGAUUAUGGCGACGGUUGUGGCGGGGUUGGAGAGGAUGUAGCAGGAGGGGAUUACGCGGCUCUGUUGCGGUGGGUGCUUCGCAGCUUCCCGGCGGCGGUGGCGGUGUGGAGCGGCGCGCGGGACGCCGCCGGACGCACCCCGGCCAUGCUGUGGGAGGCGCUGGGGGGCCGGGAGGAGCAGCUGGGGGCGACGGUAGCGACGGCAGCGGUGCUGGCUAGUGGCUUGGAGGAGCAAGAGGAUGUGGAGAAGGAUGCCAGUACUACCUCCUCCGCCCACAGCCUUGCACCCUCCUCCUCAGUCCCUGUCGUAGCCAUCGCCUCUCCCAUUGAUACCCCCACUGUCAGCAUCGCCGCAGCCGCUGCCGCUGCUGUUGCUGUUGCAAAGGCAGGUGCAGCACCCUGGGACCACCAAGCCAGCAGCUCGGCUAACCCCUCGUGCAACCCCCACCACCAGCCGCAGCCCGCUCCUCGACCCCUGCCUCCCUGGCUGCAACCCAGUCUGCGCCAGCUGCUGCUGCUGUCUAUCCGCGGCUUCCCGGAUACCGACGCCGAGGACCUCUCCCAGGAGCAGCAUCAGCCACAACAGCACCAGCGGCAACAGGACUGCGCGAACAGCACCAGGCAGCAUGAGCAGCGCGGGGCCGGCCGCCUCCAUGCAGAAAGUGGAGGCGGAGCACUGCCGUACGACACCUGCUGGCGCCGCAUGUACGGCAUGCUGCGCAGCGGGCGCGAGGAGCGGCGCUAUGUGUCGUACGUGACGGCCGCCACUGCGCCCUGCACCGCCCUCUGGCUGGUGCUGAUGGUGCUGGCGCAUGCGGCCGCGUACUGCAAGAGCCUGUCCACGGGGGAGGCGCGGCAGGCUGCCAUCGGCGGCGCAGCCUACUUCCUCUCCCUGCUGCUCAUGCUGCUGCGCCCGCGCCGCUACGCGGUCUGGCGCGAGCCGCUGAUGCUGGGCUGCCUGCUGGGUCGCACCGGCUGCCGGCUGCUGAUGGUGGUGGCGCCCGGGGCCUUCCGCAUGUCGGAUGCGGUGGUGAAGUACGUGCUCACGGGGCUGGACCUGCUGCUGGACGGCUUCAUGGAGGGGGCGUUUGAGCAGGCUCGCUUCAAGUUCAUCUCAGUCGCCCGGCUGGUGGAGUGGCCCAUCACCGCCGCCUUCAUGCUGGUGCACGGGGUACGGCAGUCGUACGGCGAAGCGCUGCUGCGCAGCGCCGCAGUGAGCGGCACCGGACUCGUCAUGUCGGUGUUCAUGGACCUCAGCCUGCGGGCCGCGUACAUUCGCCAGCGUCGCCGUGCUGCUGCUGCUGGUGGUGGGGGUGCGGGUGCUGCUGGCGGGGGCAGAGCGGUGAUGGUGGCCGGUGGGGUGUCCAGCGGCGCGGACGGGUGCUUGUUGGGGAAGCACAAGUGCGAGUGAGGGGGGCUGUGUGGUGGCGGUUCGAGGCAGAGGCAGGUAUGGUCACGAGCUCACGGCGGCAGGGUUACGGAGAGGGGGCUGCUAGGAGAUGGCGAGGGGGACGAGGGAUUUGGGCGUGGGUCUGGAGGGCAUGGGAUGGAUGGAUGGGCAGAAGAGGGAUGAGGAGGCAACGGGCGGGCGACGAGAGCAUAGAAGGAAAGGUGGUGGAGGAAAUGACGCAAGGAGUAUACAAUAGUAGCAUGAAGUGAAUAACGGAGGUUAAUUAGGUGUGGUUGGAAAGCUUAGGGCUGUCCGGUCUACCGGCAGCAAGUUUAUCCGAAUGAGUUGCAGCGAAAAACGGUUGCAGCACAUGGUACGACACGCCACAACGUAUAAGGUAUUAUGGCGACCCCACGAGGCAAGUUUCUGAAUGUUAUGGCUGGAACGUACGGCUGCUCCUCAACCCUGCGCUACCUAUGAUUACCAUGCGUGUCAAGGCUUUCACAUGUCAUGACUUCAUACAACCGUGUUACCACGCGGCUGUUUCCGCAUUGGACUAAGCAAUGCAAUUUAAGCAAUGCCUGGGCAUAUAUGAGGAAAAGGGAUAGCCAUGUAUGCAGGAGCCACUUUGGAAUGGUCGGAGGGCUAGGCUAUGUGAGAGAUGCAAGGGACGCUGUCGCUGUUUUGUUGACGGUUGCUUUUUUCGAGGGCCAUGGUUAGCUUGUCUUCUUAUGUCUGUUUGAGCGUUAUGUGUGUGUAAGAGCGAGGUAUGUUAAAGCAAUGGAGCCGUUCGCGUGGGGCCUCACAUGUGUUUCGGCGGGGUGUGUGCCAUGGCGCGUGUUUUGGUGUGUAUUGCGAUGUGCGCGCAGACGCGCAGUGCGCGUGUCUUAGGAUGGUUUGAAGCCACAGUCAAGCAGUGUAUGCCGUAAAUGGAAUUAAGGAGGCUUUAAAAUGGUGUGCGAAAUUAUUUUUUUCCUAGCUUCACGUGGGGUUUGUAGGCAAAUUGGUGGAAGAGGCGCCGUUUUCCGGACUUGCCGCGUUGUGCUAAGACACUGGCGGCAUGCGGCCACUGUAAGCGGGCGUGUGUAUGGUGUGUGUUUAUUGUGAGGAGGGGCUGAUGUGCCCAAACGGUUAAAACUCAUCAGUUGGUGGCCAGGUCCAGGGCCCUCCGCCCCUGACGCCGAGGCUGUGCGUGCUUCCCCUCUUUCCACAUGCGGCCUGCUUGUUGCGUUACUGCUGGCGACGUCCGGCUUGGUAAGAUUAAUGAAACAUGAAAUGAAACGUGAAGAAAGAAGGCCUCCACCAUGUUUCGUUUGCCGGUGGCCGAGCUACGCAAGGUGCAAGGGAAGUGUGUUGGGCGCUUGGCAGCAGUAGCGGUUUAAGCGCAGGAGUAAUGUUCUAGUUGUCAGGGUCAGGGAGGUUGUGGUCUGGGGGUCUGCAGGCGGUGCGUGCAUGCCUGUAGCGCUGCCGCGUACAUAUGCCGGGGUGCCUGCACUGGACUGGAAGGAAUCCCACGGCUUUGGCACGUCGUGCACUGCUAGGGCGAUGCGGCGGCCGGAAUUAGGGCUGAGUUUAAUACUACUGGUAGUGUGGAGGGGGUUCUGUUACGCGUUGGAAGAGGUUAUAUAUGUAUGCGACUUUUAUGCAAAUGACGUGGAAUCGAUGGGCACAGCUGGUAUCGGCGGUUGCCUUUUCUUGCCGCCGUUGUAACGCUGGUGAAGCAUUCCUAAAGGGUUGUCCUCUGGAGCCUGGCGACGUGGCGAGAGCCCAGGUUGGGCUGGGAAGCUGAACGGUGAUUACCCGUAUGGUUAAGUACGGGCGGGCGGCUGGAUAGCGUAGGCUUGCUAGGAGCAGGGAGUUUGAUAACCUGGGCGACCCCAGUGCACCCAAGUACACCACCGUAGUGUGGUAUCCACGUACCGAAGACUGCAGGGGUGCAUGUCGGGGUGUUUGGUGCGUUUGUGGACCUCCUCCACCCGCGCAACGGGUACCUAGUGUUGUCUUUCUAGGGCUAAGUUUUUCCUCGUUCACCAGCUGUGCAAGCCACACGCUGUGGCUACGAUGUGGGCCGGAAGGGAGCCGUGUAGGCGGAUGCCGCUCCCUUACUGCGCUUGUAUGAGUGCUGCGAGUAUACUACGUUUUGUGGCGCUGUGGCGCAGCUGUGGUUGUUAGCUGUUGGUGUAACACGGGGAUGUGACGGGAACGCGGGAUGUGUUCGGCUGUUAGCUAGAGUAUCCGGCAACCCCACUCCUUUUGUAACAGUCUAGG